AUGGCCGAAGCGCCCCAGGUGGUGGAGAUCGACCCGGACUUCGAGCCGCUGCCCCGGCCGCGCUCGUGCACCUGGCCGCUGCCCAGGCCGGAGUUUAGCCAGUCCAACUCGGCCACCUCCAGCCCGGCGCCGUCGGGCGGCGCGGCUCCGCCGCCCGGGCCGCUGUCUCAGCACCCGCCGGUGCCCCCAGCCGCCGCCGGGCCGCUCGCAGGGCAGCCGCGAAAGAGCAGCUCGUCCCGCCGCAACGCGUGGGGCAACCUGUCCUACGCCGACCUCAUCACCAAGGCCAUCGAGAGCUCAGCCGAGAAGCGGCUCACGCUGUCGCAGAUCUACGAGUGGAUGGUCAAGAGCGUGCCCUACUUCAAAGAUAAGGGUGACAGCAACAGCUCAGCGGGCUGGAAGAAGAACUUCUAACAAAACUCUUUUAUUUUGAAGUAAAGUGUUCAACCAGGGGGAAAUGAUGGAUUAUUUUGCAUUGAAAUCGCCGACCAAGGAAGCAAGUCCAGCUUCUUAGAACUGAUCUUGGAUAUCACACUUGAUUUUUUUUUUUUCUUUCCUUUUCUGUUCUUCUUUUCUGCCUUCCUAAGAGCAAAGGAUCUACCUGCUUUCAUCUUAAGCUGUUCCAGGAAUUGAGUGUAAAUCAAACGUUACAGUACAGUAGUAUUUUAAAAUCAGAAGAUUAGAAACCCUGAAUUAAUUGGAAGUGUUUUGUUUGGUUUUGUUUUGGUGGGGAGAAUAAAAUGAUCUCAGGAGGAAUGACUGGGAGAAGGUGCUAUGAAAAAGUUGGGAAAGUUAACAACCUAAGGCAUGAUCUUUCCUCUCAGCAAGUGUUCUUUAGCUGUCCCUCCAGAAAAGUGAUCAGAGAAAGCAUGACGCUGUGUCACCUAAGUUUUAUAAAAUGUUUGAACUAUCUGCUAUUGUUUCUUUGUUUGCUAGUAAUGUUGUGACUUUUCAACCUGAUUGUAAACUGGGUGGCACUAAUUUACUUUGGGACAGAAAGGAAAGGAGGUAGGAGGCAGGUAGAGGCCAGGGCUGUGUCAUGGAAGAACAAAAGUCCGUGGGAUUGGCCAAGGGUGGUUGGGUUUAUGCCCACCAGCAUAUGCUUUUACAAUCAAAUUCUGAUGGGAUAAUCAACCAUUAAAUAUUAAGUUCCCAAGAUUUAGACCUUCCUUUGUGUGUGUGUGUGUGUAUGUGUGAUACCUUCCAUGAGGGUGGGAGGGAGUGUUGUGUUGUGUGGGGGACAGUUGGGGAGCCAGAUGCCAUCUCAGCUUAUCCUCCCAUCACUGUGGUCCAGCUGUAAUGGGCCAUUUUUGGCCCUGGAUUUCAUAUGCACCCACCAGAGCACUGACUUAAAACUAGUGAAUAAUUUGUUGUAGCUUUAUCCAUGUUUAUGUCAAACAGUCCAUGGUUACAUUGUAGGGCAUUAUUUCCUUUAAUUUCCCUUUAGCAGUUCAAAACAACCUGAAAGAUGUUAUGGUUGAGCCCAGACAAUGACCUCAAGAAACAAAAAUAAACCUUUCAAAAAGUGAGAACUGAAUCUGUAUGCCAAAUGUUGUGAACGAUGGAUGAAGGUAUAAAAACACACUGGACUUAACGAAGGGAGAGUUUUAAAAAAUUUGUUUUGAAAACAAAUGGUCCCUGCCCCCGGAUCCUGCCCUCCUGUGACUAGGAAAAAAGUCAGAGAUUAUGCCCUGAGUUCUAGAACAGCCAAGUAGCAUUCAAGUCAUGAGACAAAAGCCAAACAGCUGCUUCAGUGUAAAACCCCAUCAUUUUCUGAUAGAUCGGGUCCUAAAGAUGGCACUUGGGAGGCUGGCUCUGCACACUGGGCUCUCCACACGAGCUGUGGCUGCGUCCCCUUAGUGGAUGGAACUGUGGACACCUCUCGGGGUGGGGAAGAGCAGUGCCAAAACAGCACCUCCCUGAGAGGCUUCUGCUUAUCAACAAAAGUUAAUACGCACAUUAAAAUACGGACACCCACGCAUAUUUACAUUUUUGGACAAUCAAAGAAGCCUCUGCUUUCCAAGCAGGACACAAACUCUUCUUCUCUCCCACCAUCUUGUAGGGAGAUCGGUUGGCACUUUCCUCCAGGUUCCACGUCGUACUUUAUUCUGAUCUUUGGUCUGCUCUUCUGUGUAGUACAUGUCGGAUGCAAUAUAAGCUCCUAGCUCCUAGAUUUUUUUUUUAAAGUGUCUUCCCACCAUAUCUCCCCUUUUCUGUGUUUGAGCUCAGACACUGCCACAUUUACUUCAACUUCUCUAGACAUGUUCUAUUAGUGCUUUAAAAUAUUUUUUUCUCACAAAUAUUUAGCUGAUACUUAUUGGGCACUUUGUACAUACUGAACAUUCAGUACAGUGACUCAAUAAGAUAAAUACUGUUAGAUGUACGUCACUGGCAUAGUAGUCCUCAUGCAGUAUAUAGUGGCAGCUGGGUUGAGUCCAGGUCUCUCUGGUUUUAGAACACAUGUUCUUAGCCACCACACAGUACCCUGUCAACUUUGAUUCAUGUUCUGCCCUCACAUUAAGAAUCCCUUUCCCUUUUUAUUCAGCAAUCCAGAUCUUCCUUUGUUGUGUUGUUGGCCGUGUAUACAUAUACAUAUACAUAUACAUAUACAUAUACAUAUACAUAUACAUAUACAUGAAAAACUAUUGGAAACAGGAAAGAACCUCAUGCUACUUUGUUGUCUCCAUAGUACCUGGUAUGCAAUAGGGGCUCAGUAGAUACUUGUUGAAUGAAAAUUACAUUGAUUGCUUUUACUUUGGCCAAGUUUCAAGACCCUAGGGCGCCUGGGUGGCUCAGUCGGUUAAACGGCUGCCUUUGGCUCAGGUCAUGAUCCCGGGGUCCU